CUCUCUCUGUGGAGGACUGUGAGAGUGGGUGCGCGUUUCAGCGAAAAGCUGUGCGGAGCAACAGUGAUGGCGCUUUCCUGGUCUGAUGACUACAGAAACUACAGUGGCUUCCGCUCGUCCGGUGGAUACAACAGGUUCAAUAAUCACCACUCUUCAGCUUUUAGGAAAGUGGACCUCCACUGUCAGACCAACAACAACAAGCACCACACCAGUGAAAUCUCAGUGAAGCAGCUGAUUGUGAGACGAGGCCAGCCGUUCAACAUAACCCUUAAAAUGGCAAAACCUUUCAACCCUGACUCUGAUCAGCUCAUCAUGAAAGCUGAGACAGGAAAAUAUCCAUCUGAGAAGCAAGGGACCAUGUCUCUGUUUGGUGUUCCAGACAAAGUGGAACGUUCAUUUUCUGCUAAGGCGGUCUGGAAGGCAGAGUUUCAGAAAAACAGCGUUCCUGAACCAACAAUCUUGGCUCUCACUAUAACUCCUCCUGCUGACACUCCUAUAGGGGAGUACAAGCUAUCUGUACGACUUAGGGCUGAAGAAAAGGAGUUAGCAAAACUUUCGGUGCUCUUCAACCCUUGGUGUUCUGAGGACUGGGUGUUUCUGCCUAACAAGGAAGAGAGAGAAGAGUAUGUUAUGAACGAACAUGGAAUAAUCUAUACCGGAGCUGAUCACUACAUCUCAGAACUUUUAUGGGAUUUUGGACAGUUUGAAGAGGACAUGGUGCAAAUAUGUCUGAAGAUACUUGACCUCAACGUCAAACACAAGCGGGACCCAGCAGAUGACGUUUCUGCACGCUGUAAUCCCAUCUAUGUCAGCCGUGUGAUUAGCAAUAUGAUUAACAGUAACACCAGUAAUGGCGUCCUACAGGGAAAUUGGUCAAACAAUUAUAGUUCCGGUUUCCCGCCAACUCACUGGAGUGGCAGCUAUGCCAUCCUCAAACAGUGGUAUGGCUCCUCCUGCAGCAUGGUCAAGUACGGACAGUGUUGGGUGUUUGCCGGCGUCAUGUGUUCAGUGAUGCGCCUGCUGGGAAUCCCCUGCCGCGUGGUCACCAACUUCGAGUCUGCACAUGACACCAACCAGAACUUAACCGUAGACAACUACUAUGAUGAUAAUGGAGUUAGAGAGAAAACGUCCAGUGACAGCAUCUGGAACUUCCAUGUCUGGGUAGAGGGUUGGAUGAGGCGACCAGAUCUUGCAAAAAGUGGCAAAUAUGAUGGCUGGCAGGCUCUAGAUGCAACUCCACAGGAAAAGAGUGAAGGUAUGUACUGCUGUGGCCCAGCUCCAGUCAAAGCCAUCCUGAGCGGAGACACUCACCUCAAAUAUGAUGUACCGUUUGUCUUUGCUGAAGUCAAUGCUGACUGUGUUAACUGGAAGAUCAAAAGAGAUGGAUCUAAGAUAAAGAUGUCAUCUGACAGCAAGACCGUUGGGCAGCACAUCUCCACAAAGCGUCCGGGGUCAAACCAGAGGCUGGACAUCACAGAUACCUACAAACACAGAGAAGGAACAGAGCAGGAAAGGAAUGUCUUCAGAUAUGCCCUGGACAGACUGGCGAAUGGAUCGAGAGGGGGGCAUUUUAAUGGGGUCACACACACCCCGCAUAGAAAUGAGGCACCACAACUGACCGUUCAGUUUGAACAGGAGUCCACACCUGUGAAUGGUCAGGAUGUGAACUUGAAGCUGGUGCUGAACAGCGACGACAGCGCUGCCAGGAAGCUGUCUAUCAACAUUAGUGUCCAGGCCAUGAGGUACACUGGCAGACCAGUAGCAAACAUCCAGAAUCAGGUUAUUGAGAAGAAACUUCUCCCUGGAAGAGACUUGAUCGUCCCAAUCCACGUCCCAUACUCGACCUACAAUAAACACAUGGUACACUGUAAGAGCAUGAAUAUUACAGCCAUGAUCACUGAACUGCAUAAUGAAGAUCACAUCUACCUGGCAACUGAACACAUGGUGUUGAAGGACCCCCCGAUCACCAUCACCGUUUCUGACAAAGCCAGAGUGAAGAAUUCAAUGCCUGCCAGAGUGGCCUUCACAAAUCCAGUCAGCAAGAUACUGAGACACUGCACUCUGACUCUCUCUGGAAGAGGCUUGUUUUAUGGGGAGAAAACAUUCAAACUUCCAGAUCUGAUGCCAAACAAGAGAUUACUUGUCAAAUUGAACAUCGUUCCCUACAAGAGCGGAGAAAAGACUUUACUGGUCGACUUUGACUGUGACUCCUUCAGAGACAUCAAGACCAGCUGCAUUGUUCAUGUCAAACCUUAAACUCUUCUGAUGUACUUUUGCUCUUAAUGCAUUUAAUGCAAACACUGCUACAUUCAAAUCUGCUGAAGGCUUCACAGAUUUUAUUUUAGAAAUCUGGGGAUGUAGUUAAGGGGUGGUAUGGACAGAGGAUUGUUUUUGGAUGUUCUUAAGCUUAUCAGGAUGUAUCCUACGCUCUUUCUUUCGCAAGUUUCUUGAACCUUGUCCUGCUUUGAGGAAAACCAGUGCAGCCAAUGUCUUGUUUUAGGGACUUUAGACCUCUGGUUUGGGGAUGCCUCUGGAUCUUAAGGCUAUUCCUGUGGAGAUGGAUCUUUUGAUUUCCCCCAUUGAGCCGUUACCCUUCGAACCAUCAUCAUUUUUUUUGAGGCAGAUGAUAAAUAAAUGGACCCCGCCCCCCAUUCCCCAACAUUUUAAAGGUUCACUAACGGUUUGUGGAAAAAACAGUUUAAUUCCACAAACAUGUAAGGUGUUGUCAUCAAAACCAUCAUUGUGCAUCCUUAUUGUUUUCUAAAUAUCAUAUUUCUGUCUUGUCAUGAAAGUCUAAAAAAUAAGUCAUAAAACAGAAAUCUGCUUCAGA